AGCUCGUGCCGCUGCUCUGAGCUGGGUGAAAAUACGGUAAACCAGUCGUUAGCGUUAAACUACACGAGAUUUAGCAGGUCAUACGCGACGGAACAUAGAUUUAAUCGAGUGUCGAGAGGAGCCAAAACCUGACUGACUUUGUAUAAGUUCGAGUGAAUGCAAAAAAUAAGAGGAAAGAUUCAUAUUUUGGACGCAGGCUAACGUUAACUUGCUAAGUGAGCCAUCGGCAAGACCCCACAAUCCAAAGAUUGAAACGGAGAUUAAAGUCAUCAUCUAGCGUUAAUCUAUUAAAGAGGAUAACCAGUGUCUCUCUCUCUCACACACAAACACAAAUCCUCUAAAGCAGCGACGCCAGUGAACUAACUGACAGGUGGAGUUUAUUUCCAUUCUCCCCGGCACACCCACUCAAAGACCCCAUCAUUGGAUGAGUGCAUGCUUACUCUGUGUGUGUGAAUGUGCGCAUGGUCAGCUGAAAGAGGAGAUAACUCCACGGAGUCAGAGAAGAAAGCGUAGGCAUGGCUCAAGGCACUCCCUUGAGGCUGCGUCCCCCUGAGGUCCUUAUGUAAUGCUGUCUCAUCUUCUAAUAGAUGGCAGCAGGACCUGAUACACCCACACGUACACAUUUAAAGAAGUCUCUGAAAUGUCCCAAGGGAGAAGUUGAACUCUUGUUUAUUGUUUUCUCUUUGACUCAAUCUUCACAUACUCACCUGUGGAUCCCAGGAUUCAAAAGCUCCAAAGUCUUUUUUUUUCUGAAUCGCUCCACUGACCUGGAUCAAUUCCCAGUAGUGUUGAGAUGUGUGCUAGCUAAGCGCUGCUCUUCUCACCUGUUUUUUGUCUCUGUGCAAGCUCCAUCAAGAGAGGUGUUUUAGCUGGAGCAUUUCUCUCAUUUCGUGCCUCUUGUCUCAAAAAGCAAGAAUUUUGAUCUGAUCAGCCAUGCAGGUGUAAGCCUGUUUACUUGUAAAGAUACUGGCCUGUCCUUCGAAACUAACCUGUGGAUCAGCAAUGCAUCGACUCUGGAGAGAGACACUAGAGAUUCCAUUUGUUAAGGUGCAGUGUAGCGCACUGGUUGGUUGUAAUGAAGGAGAGACAUUUUUAUAUUUUCUGAUGGUGUGGAUGGUAGGGGGAAACUGUUAACGGUUGAUUCCGUCUUAUUCCUUCGCUGUCAUUUCUCCCUUAAGAAGUGAACUACACCAAAACUGAGAAAAAACCUCCACUCUUUGUGUCAGUCGCAGUUUUUUUUUUUUUUUUUAUCCAAUUUCACAGCAGAAGGUAACUCCAGGGCAUUAAUUGACUUCAGGCCUGCUUAUCAAAACAUCAAAUCCAAAUAAAUUUUUUUUUCAAAAAUUUCAUAGCAUCCAAAAAAAAAAGAAAAAACUUGUUGCCCUCCUCUACCUCUUAUUUUAUACAGUAACACCAAAUCUUUUUCAUAAGAAAAACUUUUAUAAAAAAAAAAAAGAAAACUUUUAAAGCAUCAAUAACUAUUUAGGAGUUGGACCCUAUUUUUUUUUUUAAAGCAGUUCCCAUAUUUAUAAACUUUUUCCUAAAUAGUCAGAAAACAUUUAGACAGUAAAGGUUUUGAGCAAUUUUUGUUAAAUGAUUCAAUAAUUUAUAAGCCAGAGUGUCCAAAUAUCAGAAACUUUAAAUUGGUUUGUUAAAAGCCCUAAUUUAUUCAGUUUACCACUUUUUCUUAUUUUAUUUUAUUUAUUUUUUUAUCCUUUUUUAUCCAUUUAAAUUUGUUUUGUACUGUUGAAGCCAUGCUCAUCAUGUGGCUUUUUUCUAUAAUGCUAAAAGAGCAACGGCUUCUCCCCUAGCCUUUCUUUUCGUUUGUGCUGUCUCGACAACACAAACACUCUUACACAUAUAUUAUUUUCUGGGGUGCGCUGCCAUCCUGCCCCCUGGGUGAUGCCGAGCGGCAGCAUGAGUGGGGGUCUGUCUGGACCCACUUCCCCACCCCACCCCACUGUCCCAUCCAGACGUCUCCGGCCUAGUCGCUACGUGCCGGUCUCUGCGGCCACGGCCUUCUUGGUUGGAUCAACCACCCUCUUCUUCUGCUUCACGUGCCCUUGGCUUUCGGAGCAGUUUUCCGCCGCUGUGCCGAUAUACAAUGGCAUUAUGUUUCUGUUUGUUCUGGCCAACUUCUGUAUGGCCACCUUUAUGGAUCCUGGCAUCUUCCCUAGAGCUGAGGAAGAUGAGGAUAAAGAAGAUGAUUUCCGUGCUCCUCUUUACAAGACUGUGGAGAUUAGAGGCAUUCAAGUCCGGAUGAAGUGGUGCUCCACCUGCCGUUUCUAUAGACCUCCGCGUUGCUCACACUGCUCAGUGUGUGACAACUGUGUGGAGGAUUUUGAUCAUCACUGUCCGUGGGUCAACAACUGUAUCGGCCGGAGGAACUACCGCUACUUCUUCCUGUUCCUGGUCUCUUUGACGGCUCACAUAAUGGGAGUGUUUGGCUUCGGCCUGCUUUAUAUUCUCUACCACACCCAGCAGCUGGACAGAGUGCAUUCGGCUGUCACUAUGGCUGUCAUGUGUGUCGCUGGGCUUUUUUUCAUCCCAGUAGCAGGUCUAACUGGUUUCCAUGUCGUUUUGGUGGCAAGAGGCAGGACCACCAAUGAGCAGGUAACAGGGAAGUUCAGGGGAGGCGUGAACCCCUUCACAAACGGCUGCUUGAGGAACGUCUCCCAUGUUCUGUGUAGCUCACAGGCACCCAGGUAUCUGGGUAGAAAGAGGAAGGCUCAGACAGUGUCUAUUCAGCCUCCCUUCCUCCGGCCGCAGUUUACUGAGGCUCAGCUGGCAGCCAAGGUCCUCGACAACGGAAUCCAAGGAGACCUUCACCGGUCUAAGAGCAGUUUGAUGGAGAGUCAGUCUGCGGACGCCGAGCCUCCGCCUCCACCCAAACCAGAGCUCAGAUACCCUGGGCUGUCCCGAGGACCUGCCGGACACUCUGAGGAGAGUAGUCUGUUGAAUAAAGCCCCGCCCACCCCCACCAUGUUCAAGUACAGGCCCACAUACAGCAGUCCGGCCAAGAACCACACUGCCCUCACACAUGCCUACGCCAACCAGAUGAGUCGUGGGGAGAGUCUUAAAGAGUCCUCUUCCUCUCUCCUCCAGUCCAGUCAGCAGCCAGGCUAUCGCUCUGAGCCCAGUCUGGAUGGGCACGAGGGGGGUGGAGUUGAAAGAAGUGGGCCAGAGCGAACAGGUGGGGGUCCCGGAGGACCUCCAGGCUCAGGGAUCACGGGAUACUCUCUAGGAGGGCGUUCAUAUCCCUCCUUCUCUGAUCCCCCAGUUCUUGCCGGAGGGGCCUCGCGGUCCUCUAGUGUUCGCUCUUCUCACAAUGCCCCACCAUCUGAAGCUACCACCUCCACCAGCUACAAGAGCUUAGCCAAUCAGACGCCACCACCGGCUCCUAGGAACGGCAGUCUGUCAUACGAUAGUCUACUCACCCCUUCCGAAAGCCCAGAUUUUGAGUCGGCAGUGCCAGAGGUGUCACCAGGGCGUCCGCGCACACCUGUUGGAUACAGUUCGCCUUUCCUGUCGGCACAGAUCGCCCAGCAGCGAGAGACGGAGCUCCACCAGCCGUGUGCCUCCAGCACCGCCCUCCUUGCCUCCCCACAACACGCCGGCUAUCUACGUGGCUUCACCUCCUCUCCUCCCGCUCCACCUGAACGAGAGCGGGAACGCCAGCUGCAUGACUCUCAACCACCCCACCACCAUCAUCAUCACCACCACCAUCAUCACCAUCACCUUCGGCCGCCCCGCUUCUCUCGACCCCCUCUGCUCUCUGACUCGGGCCCAUCUCAGCCCUCAUAUCCGUACCGCACUCGCUCCACUGACACGCCUCUGCCGAACACCACCCACCCUCCACACUCGCCCCACCCCCCGCCGCUGGGGAAGUCUCUGUCUUACUCUAGCGCUGCUGCUGCAGAGAUGCAGUACCGCCUGGUCCGCAAAGCCUCGGCCUCGGUCGGGGGAGGGGGCAUACAGGCGCCAAAGGAAGAGAUUCAGAUGAAGUCGUAUAGUCGGACAAAUGGGCAGCCAAAACCUUUUUCCACCCCCUUGUCCCCCUCUAAUCCUGUCAGCGUGUCCACUCGGCCAGGACAGGCGUAUUCCAGUGCUGGCUCUUCUCAGAGCCCCGCCCACAAGCCUGGAGGCGGAGUGAAGAAGGUGACGGGUGUUGGUGGGACCACUUACGAGAUAUCGGUGUGAGAUCUCGAGUCACUGUCCUGAGCCGUGGAAUUAUUUUCUUCACUCUGUUGGGCGGACAUUUAUUGGUGCCUACUGGAAAGAUCUGAAAACCUCUCUUCAAAAUUGAAGCAGACCUCUGCUGUUAUCUUUUAAAACGGAUGUAAUGGUGACCAGCAGUUUUUGGAGGAGGAGGAGGAGCAGUUCAAGCCCUGACAUAGUGAACUUCAGGACUCCUCACCAGUAAGGAGCUGGAACACAGAAUCGGUGUAAAGGACCAGUUUGCCUUCCAAACAUUUCAGUACAUAACAAAAAAAGAUUUUUAUCCAACAUAAAGGUGUAAAUUGUCCUGUAUAGAGAAAACGGUAAUUGUUUGCUUGUUUUUUCAUUGGGUGGAAUUAAAUUUUACAAUAGGGGACCUGUGGUAUUCAGUAUCCAUUUCAGACCACUGUGAUUGGCAUGCGACAACGUUGUGUCGGUAUCCAAUCAGCACCAGGGAAGCAAUAUGCUAGAAAAGAUUAAAAAAAGGACUAAUGCAUUAUUUAAAUGACAGCAGCCUUUCAAGUGCUUUUCAGUAAUGUUUUCUGAGCAAUGGCCUUGGAAAAUCAAGGAUGUUUUUAUUUAAUUUUUAAAGUCUUAUUUUGUAUGACUAUUGAUAAGAUCAAAAUUUUUUUUCUACAAAGGCUGAUAUUUGUUCUCUGUGGACUUUUAUCUAAUCGGAGGGAUAAAGAGCUAAUGGCCACUCUAGCCAGAGAGAUCAGCCGGUAAUCAAAGGGUUAACCGUAGCAUAAAAAUGCAUCUCAAGCUGGGACGUUUUUCAAUUUUUAUACAGUAAACAUUGAUUGGCUGCCUCUUGGAUGUUGUUGUUGUUGUUGUUGUUUUUAUGAAUAUGUGAGAGCCAAUUCUCACCGGUGGCCUUGACUAGCCAGCCAUAUAGGAUUUGAAGCUUCCUGUUCACAAUGCCACAGAAUGCUGGGUAACCAAUUCAGUGCCCUCUGAUUGGACAGCAGUUGAACCAAUCAAUGGAAGUUAGCUGUCAUUAUGAAUCCGUGAAAGCCUUUUAUUUUUAAUUAUUCAGUUCCUACCUAUUGCAUUCGAGAAAAUUGUGACUCAUUUCAGUCAUCGUCUGUCUUGUCAGGGGUAUUGAUCAAUAUUUAGAUCCGAGCUGGCCAAUCAGGGGACAGAAUGUAUUUGCUGACUGAUACAAAAGCCAAUGAGUACACUUAAAUGGAAUAUUUUGGAUCAAAAGAUGGACUGCAGAGAGGGAAAGAACGAAAAGAAUGUGUACUGUAUAGUUCAGUGUGAGUGAACAUGGUUGUGAAUAUGUGUAUGCGUGCGUGAGUGUUUGAGCAUUGGUAAUAAACUCUUUAUAAAUCA